AUGAAUGAAACAGCAACAAUUAAAUGUGUCCGGUGGUCGACUAUAACUGUCUAUGAGUUUGGUGUGACAUUAGGUGGAAGUGCUGUUCCUCGUCGUGGUGGUCCAUCCAUUGGUCUUGCACGUAAACCACAACAUGUAUGGAGUACAACACUUGAAAAGGAUACUGCAGAUUACAAGAAUGACCGACGUAAACGUCGUGUACAACGUGCUCGGAGAGUUCGGUGGUUGAAACCAUUGGAACGUAUUACAAUGUUGACAAAGGCUGGAUGUAGUGAGAAGCGAAUCUAUCGUAUGAUGAUGGAGAGUUCAGAUAUUGCCAUGUCUCGAAGGUUGUGUAUCUCCAUGCAGCGUCAAGUGGCAGUGUAA